AUGGUGCUCUCUCUGACGCCGCUGUCUCUGGCUGACAUAGCGCGGGAUGCCGCAGCCGGGGGUCCGAUCAUCGAAUAUUUGGAACUCCGUGGCAUAAAGACUCCUGCAACCCUGGCACUUUUGAGCAAGGAUGAGAGCAGCCUGGAACAGACUCUUAUCCAGCCGCUCAUGCAGGGAUGGUCCAAGCCAGAUGGUGGAAUGUUGACCAUUCCGGAAAAUGAGAAACCGAUUGCCAAGGCGAUCCUCCUCCAUAUGUGGCUCUUGGCGAAACAGUCAUGGGAGGCCACACAUGCAGCCAUGCAACCGAAGCCUGCGGCACCUUCGACAACAGCUGCCAGCAAUUCGGCCACGGCCACAGAAGACAAGGUCCCGAAGAACCUGGCGCCCGGGCAAUGGUCCGCGCUCCUCCAAGACUACCAGUCACAGCAAAUCGGGGGACAGGACAGAGUGUUCCCGGUGCAGGAGCUGAUCGGCGCAGAAAGCGUCAUAGCUCGAGUCCUCCACGAGCACGAAACCAGCAAGUCCUACACCCCGGUCCUCCUGGGAGAGUUGGUGACCAUCAGGACCUUCCAGGCCAAUGGCGAGCCCAACCCGCUGGCCAAGCGGGAACGCUCAGUGACCAAGCUGACGCUCACCGGUGAGCAAUUGGUGGCAGCUCCGGAAGAGCCCUGGCAACCGAGGAGCGUGCUGGCGAUCCUGGAUGGUCUUGCCAGCAUUCGGUGGUGCUUCAUCCUCUGCAAGAUGGGACCGGAGCAGGCCGUGCACAGCUUCUUCGACUGGCUGGUGCGCUUGGUGCGCAGUCGCCCAGCCAAGACAGACCAACUGGCUCAGUUUUGGAUGUCAGUUUCAUGGAAGCUUGCCUUGGAGAUGCGGGGAGGACGCACAUUUUCUGAGAGCACCACGGCCAUCAUGAGAGACUAUGACUCGUUCACCGAGUGUAUGAACAGAGAACCGACGAACAUCAUCAAGAAGGCCUCCACGAACGCCACUGCCAAGCCGGAACCUCCCAAAGGUCAGGGGAAGGGCAACACCAAGUCGGGCAAGGGCACUCGUGCCCCAACCUACACGCGCCAGACAAAGCCGUGGUCCUGGGGCCCCUAUGAGCGAGCAGACAAAGCAUCAGUGUCAUGGCAGAGCUCCUCGAAGCAGGAGGACAAGCAAGGCCAAACCUUUCAGAAAAUCAACAAGAAGGUCAUCUUGUUGAGCUGCUUCGACGGGAUCGGCACGGCAGCUUUGGCACUUGAUGGGCUUGUCGAGUCCAUCGACCUGUACAUUGCAUGGGAAGUUGAUGAUGAUUGCAAUGCAGUUCUGAAGGAGCGGCAUCCAACAGCAGUGAACAGAGGCGACUUUCUCAAAGACGACCCCAAGGAGGUGGCCGACCUUGUCAGGCGUCAUGACCCUACGGGCGAGAUGCUAGUCGUUUUUGCCAGCGCACCUCCGUGUCCAGACUUUUCACGGAUCAAAACUGAUCCACCUGGGUCAGCAGGAGCCGAGGGGCAGAAAUUCACAGCCUACUGCUCCUUCGCUCGCGAGAUCGAGGCGGGCCUCCCCAACCGGCGAGUUGGCUACAUCACAGAGAAUGUAGUGAUGAACAAGGGAGAGGCAGACUUCUUCUCAAACCGCCUUGAUUGUGAACCAGUGGUUUUGGAUGCGCAAGACCACGGCCUGAUCAAUCGACCAAGGCUUCACUAUGAUGGCAAGAUGCAGGAGGCCGCCGAGCUAGAUCUGCAAGGAUUCAGACUUCACCAGGACGUGGAGGCCCACACCAAACGGGUACCUUGCCUGACAACUCCAGCACCGACAGAGUCCGGCAGGGCUCCACCGAAGAAGCUCAAAGGCAGAGUGGACCCGGCACAGGAGGCAAAAGAGCAACUACAUCAGCUACCCAAAGGGUACACCAAGGUUUCCUCAGUGCCCGAGCGAGCGAGACACAGAAUGCUCGCCAACGGGUGGCAUUUGGGAUCGGCUCGACUCAUCAUGAUGCUCGUGCUGCAAGCGAUGACGGGGACGCUUGCUGCCACCCCUGCUCCAGCUCCACACAACACAGCAUUGCAACAGAUGAUGGUCAUCAUCCGGCCUAUGCAACCAAUGCUCGGACCGGGAAAGUGGCCACGUGAUGAGGUCUGCGUCGCCCAAGCCUCCUCGAUGUGGGAACAUUGGGAAUUGGCCAAGCAUGCCAGUCACCCCAUACAAAAGGCCCCAUCACUUGAGCCCGGCUUGCAACAGUGCAUAGACCUGCACAGGCUCAUAGGAGGCAGUCUGCCCCGGAUGCGGACUGAGAUAGUCAAUGAGAUCGAGCAGAUGGCUAUGGAUCGCCAGGAUGAAACCUCCGACUGGUGGGACAGUCUUCCACCACAUGUCGCACAGGUCUACUGGGACAAAGAGCAUUCCCAAAUUGCACAGAUACCACUUCUCCUGGACCUCCUGGAACAGGUGAGGAUGCCAGGACUUGCUGAGCUUGCCGAGGACCUGCAACAAGGCUUCGCAGUCACAGGCAAGAUCCACGGAGGAGCGGGCUGGAUGCCUCGAGCCGACGGCCGUUAUGAACAUCCAGUCUCACAAGACUCUUUCAUGAGAAACAACAGACAUUACACCCUAGCCAAGCUGCGCAGCAACCGCACUGACCCACAAUGGACGGUCAUGCUCAAGGAGCUCGAGACAGAGCUCGAGAAGGGCAGGAUGUCUGGGCCAUAUGAGGCCCCUGACUGGUGGCCGGUCAAGACAACCACCAUAGGCAACAAGCCUCUGCAGCCACUCCUGAAGCAGGACAUAUGCGCAAGCUUCUGCUUCAGCGUACAGCAGACAGACAAGGACCUCAACGGUGCCUACAGACAAUUCCCUGUGAGGAACCCAGAGGACUGCUACUGUGUGCUCAUGACCCCUCACGGGCCAAUCCUGUUGAAACACCAUGCCCUGACCUUCGGAGCGGUGAGUUCCGUUUGGAACUUCAACAGGGCCGCAGACAGCAUCACUUUCUUGAGCAGAAGAUUGCUGGCCACGGCAGUUGGACACUAUGUGGACGACUUCAUCGGAGUGGAGCCAGCUACACCAGUUUCCAGCGGGUAUGAAGAGUUCACCAGACUGGCACGUGUCCUGGGUCUCAGGAUGAAAGAACGAAAUGCCUUACCGCCAGCUUCAUCGCAGAAGGUCCUUGGCAUCAGUCUCACCAUUGACGACGACAUGGUGACGCUCUCGCCACACCCUGACCGCUGCAACAAAGCCAGGGCCACAAUCAAAGCGGCCUUGGAUGACAACCUGCUCCAGAGUGAAGCCGCCCACAGACUGGCUGGAAAAUUGGUCUUCCUCACCUCCACAUUGUUUGGACAGCUUGGCAAAGCGGCUCUCCAACCUCUGUAUGCCAGGGCACAUGGACUGUCCAAUGAUGAUCAUGGAGAUCAGCUCAAUGGACCACUCAGGUCGGCAUUGCUGACACUUGCGAACCUGCUGACAGAGGUCCAGCCACGGGUAAUACCGAGGCAGAUGCAACACCCAACAACGGUGGUGUACUCAGACGCGUUCUUCGUCCUGAACGGUCAGACCCUCUCACCGGGAUCAGAACAAAUCCCCAAACAAUGGCACAAAACCAAAUGCCAUACUUAUGAGAAUGGUUGGGGCUAUGUCAUCUACUUUGAUGGCGUCACAUACUACUCAGCAGGAACGAUACCACCAUGGCUUAUCAAGAGGUUUUGCACCCGGAAAGCCUACAUCUACUUCCUGGAGAUUGUGGCACAAUUUCUGGCCUUUUUGGCUUGCCGAGCAUUGCCGUCCAAGAUGCUGAUGUCAUUCAUCGACAACGCUUCUGGCUUCUUUGCUCUGCGGAAAGGCUAUUGCAAGGAUCCAGCGAUCUGCAACUUGAUCGCCCUGGUCUGGCGAGUGGUGGCACAACAUGGAUGGCACCUUCACCUGGAAUGGGUCCAAUCAGAGUUCAACAUCAGUGACCAAGUUUCCAGACAAAAUUUCAGCGAGAUGGAGCUGAUAAAAGCAUCUUGGAUCAAUACCGAGACAGACCAACUCUUCAAGAUCCUCUUCCGGGCUGCCAGCGACAUCACUUAUGCACAUGGACAAGCCCUACAUGAUGUGAUGAACACCGGACCACCUUCCCUGCAGACUCCUCACACUGGUAGAUGGGUGACAUGGCGCAGUGUGGGAAAGAAAGGCACCAUUGUGACAGUACAGAUGGAGGUUGCAGAUGACUGUACUACACGGUCUUUGGCCUGUCCAAGAAGUGAGAUCAGACUGAUCAGACUGGACUUUAUGCUGAGUGUGAUGGAGAAGGUCGCCAUUGAAAUCACUGGCGGUACGACCGACCGGACGAGCAGGCUCAACCUCAAAAAGGCCAUGGAGCGUUUCGGUGAGGUUGUAGGUUGCCAUAUGGGCCAACGCGGCGUUGACAAACCCGUGGUCCGCUACGCUAGUGGAGAAGUUGCCCAGGGCGCUUAUCAAGCUUUGAGGAAAGGAGAAAUUGUGCUGGAUGGCAUGAUCCUGGAGGGAGACUGGAAGCCUGAUCGUGGCAGGCCACCGCCUGAGCCAAUGAAACCUCGAGAAAAUGUCAUGGAGAUGCAUGCGUGCUCGAGGGCGAAGCCGCAGUCGCAGUCGAGAUCGGCGCCGCCGCAGUGUGUGCAGCCUUAUCCUCCCUGCACUGUGAAGAAUACGUUCCUCAAUGUUCCGGAGGAGAAUGUGUCCAGCGAUGAAGAGUUGUAUACACCUUUCGAAAGGUGCAACAUGUCCGCGCCUCCAGUCCUUCAGGACCCGGCGUACGUACGGACCGAUAGUUCCGCUGCCUGUGACUACUUCAUGCGGCUUGGUGGACCUUGUUCCCACAUAGUGCAGGUCUCGUUUCCAGAAGCUGGGCAGCAAGCGAUGGGAGUUGCCCAAGGACAGUCCUCCAAGGAAGUCGAAGUGGAGAAGAACCCGUCGUGUUUGGAUGACCUAGAGCCACGACCUGGGGUUCAGCCAAUGAAGAGUAAGGGCAGCGCAGGGCAUCCCGACACUUGUAAGGAGUGUACCUUCUACUUCUUCAGUGCUGCUGGAUGCAGAAAUGGUGCAGAUUGCUGCUUCUGUCACGAAUUCCACCCAAGGAAAAACAGCAAGAAGAAUCGUCGCAUCAUGCGCACUCUGCAAACUCGUGAAUCUCACGACGAUGGCAAGGAAGGCAAGGAGGUUUUGAAGGACGCCUGCAAGGACAUCGAAGAGUUGCCACCAUCGAAGCCAGAGGCGAAAGUACAGGAGAAGACGGAACUGAAAGCAGAAGAUUCCAAAGGUGCUGUAGUGGAAGCACAGCAACAACUCUCGGUCGGGGGCGAUGGCAUGCUCCGGGUGACCUACAAUUCCGAGGACAGCGAAGACAGCAGUGCUCCCGUUGCAUUGACGCUGAUGGCAGGACUUCGAACUUGCCUCCGCCCGAAGGUGACCUAUGCGAGUCCAGAAGGGCAACGCUGCCUUGAACCAACACUCGCUUUUGUCGUGCAACCCGCUCUCCCUUCAGGCUUGACCUUGGAUGCCAAGACUGGAAUCAUCAGCGGAACACCUGAAAACAUAUCUUCGAAGGCCGGGGUGCAUAUUGUCACAGUCAAGGUUCCUGCACAGGGCUAUGGCGGUAUUGCACUUGGAGAUGUACCUUUGACUAGCUGCAAACUCUUCGUCACGGUGCGGCCUCUACAGAAUUUUACGAUGAUGAAACUCGCCGGUUCGGAAGUUGUACUGGUUUCAGCAUCAGACCAGUGAACUUCAAGUGUUGUUUUGGCUAGACUGUUUGGCGACCCCCAGACAGCUUUGUGCCCUUGCAGUACUGCGAAUGGGCUGACUGCUGUAAUACUUCGCAGUAAGUGCAGUUGUGUUUCUCUCUUUGCUCACUGAAGGGGUGUUCCUGCCCUGAAUACGUGCUCUCAAUUGCUCUGUUUGAGCCUCUGGCAAACCCGCUUGUUUCAGUUUUGAUAAGCAAAAAAAGAGGCAGCAGCAAGUUCCAGAUGCUUUCCUGGU